CCAUGGUCCAUGGAUUCAACUCUUUCUCUUUUUAACCUCUUUCUCGUGCCUCUUUUUUCUCAAUCUCAACCUUCAUCUCUUCUUUCCCUUCUCAUUCUCAUUCUCAUUCUCAAUCUCAAUCUCAAUCUCAAUUCCACCAAUGAAGCAAAUCAUCCGCAAACUCAGCUCUAAUGGUUUCUUCUUAAGGAAGAAAAAAGACAAAGUCACUCGUUCCCACCCAUGUUCUUUUAGUUCCUCCUCUUCUUCGGAUUCUUCCACUUCUAAUCAUCAUCGUAAACCCAGCUCCGCCCCUGAUGAUACCUCCACCCCCACCAGCGUUUUACCCCAAAGAUCUGGCGAUUGGUCUGAUAUUUCGGCCGAUAUUCAGUGGGAGAUUGUCCAGGCGUUCAAGUUACUCGACAGGGAUAACGAUGGCCUGGUCUCAAGAACCGAGCUGAAGUCUCUCUUGAUCCGGCUGGGAGCUGAGCCACCCACUCAAGAAGAGGUGUCUUUGAUGCUCAACGAGGUGGAUUCUGAAGGUGUUGGUUGUAUAAGCUUGGAUGCGCUGAUGAACAGGGUGGUUGGCUCGGCUUAUGAGCCGGCUCUUGAAACGGAGCUGAGAGAGACGUUUGAUUUUUUUGACACGGAUCAUGAUGGGAAAAUAACGGCUGAGGAGUUGUUGCAGGUGUUUACGGAAUUGGGGGACCAGCGUUGCACGUUAGACGAUUGCCGGCACAUGAUAGCGUUGGUGAGUAAAAAAGAGAACGGUUUUGUGUGCUUCGACGACUUCUCUAAGAUGAUGGAGUUGCAGAGGCGAUCAUGAUUGUGUCUUCUUGUUUAUUUUUAUUAUUAUGAUGAUGAUAAUGAGUGUUCAUGGUAGAAAAUGAAGGUGUUUUCAUUGUUUUUGAUCUUUCUUUUGGUUGUGUAAGGGGAAUUUAAUGGUAUAGGCUGGAUCGGACGGUUUGAAUUACAUAAAAAUAUUAUUAUUCCA